UUUGAUUUGCAGCCCCUGAAAGGCUCUUUAUACUCACCUGCCACUAAAAAUGGCUCUACCUAUAAACCCCGUGGACGAGCCCAGGAUGUACCAGCAGACGCUGCUCCAGGACGGUCUGUACGACUUGCUGGAGAAUGACAAGCUGGUUGACUGUGUGCUGAAGAUCAAAGACAAGGAGUUCCCCUGCCACCGGCUGGUCCUGUGCGCCUGCAGCUCGUACUUCCGCUCCAUCUUUCUAUCUGACCUAGAAGAGAGCAAAAAGAAGGAGAUUGUCCUUGAGGAUGUGGAGCCUGGAGUCAUGGGGCUGAUCCUCAAGUACCUGUACACCUCCAAAAUCAACGUGACGGAGCAGAAUGUUCAGGACAUCUUCGCUGUGGCUAAUGUCUACCAGAUCCCUUCAAUUUUCACUGUAUGUGUCUCUUUCCUACAAAAGCGCCUGAGCCUCAGCAACUGCCUGGCUGUCUUCAGACUUGGCCUGAUGCUAGACUGUCCCAGGUUGGCUGUCUCUGCCCGAAACUACGCCUGUGAGCGCUUCCAGCUCAUCUCCAGAGAUGAGGAGUUCCUCCAGCUGCUCCCCAGUGAGCUGGCAGCCAUUUUGACAAACGACAACCUGAACGUAGAGACAGAAGAGGCCGUGUUUGAGGCUUUGAUAAACUGGGUGUCCCAGGAUGCAGAGAACAGAGAGAAAGAGCUGCCAGGUAUGCUGGAUUGCGUUCGUUUGCGUCUGGUCAAUGAAGAUUACCUGAAAGAAAAAGUGGAGAAACACAAACUGAUGUCUUCAAAUCCUGAGUUGCAGCAGAAACUCCAGCUGGUUAGGGAUGCUCGUGCCGGGAAAAUACCUGAGGUUAAAAAAAGCAAGAAGGAGAAUGGUGGAGCAGAAAAAGACGGAGAGAGGGAGGAUAACGAGGAGGAAGUAGAAGGUCUUCUUCCAGGCAUCCUGAAUGACAACCUCAGAUUUGGCAUGUUUGUCAGGGACUUGAUACUGAUGGUCAAUGACACGGGUGCUGUGGCGUAUGAUCCAUCAGGGAACGACUGCUUUGUAGCAUCACUGUCCACACAGAUUCCCAAGAACCACACCAGCCUGGUCACCAAGGAGAACCAGAUUUUUGUGGCAGGAGGAUUAUUCUUUGAUGAACAGAACAAGGAAGAUCCCCUGUGCUCCUAUUUCCUGCAGUAUGACCCGGUCAGUGCCGAUUGGCUGGGGAUGCCUCCGAUCCCAUCUCCCCGUUUCCUGUUCGGGCUGGCCGAGGCAGAGAACUCCAUCUUUGUGUUGGGAGGGAGGGAGCUGAAGGAGCAGGAGCACACGCUGGACUCAGUUUUGGUCUACGACAGACAAUCUUUUAAAUGGGGUGAAUCAGAAUCCAUUCCUUACCCAGUUUAUGGACACGCAACGAUAUCCCACAAUGAUGUUGUCUAUGUGAUUGGAGGAAAGGGGGAAAACAAGAGCUGUCUAAGAAAGAUGUGUGCUUAUGAUGCCAAGAGAUUUGAAUGGAAGGAGCUUCCGCCCAUGAAGACCGCACGCUCCUUAUUCGGAGCCACCGUUCACAAGGACAAAAUAUAUGUGGCAGCAGGAGUCACCGACAACGGCCUGACAGACUCUGUGGAGGUGUACGACAUCGCUACCAAGACGUGGUCAGACUUCGUAAAGUUUCCUCAGGAGCGUAGCUCUCUGAACCUGGUGUCUUCAGCUGGCUCGCUGUACGCUAUAGGAGGUUUUGCCAUGAUGCCUUUGGAGGACAGUGAGGAGAUCGUUCCCAAAGAGAUGAACGAUAUCUGGAGGUACAAUGAGUCAGAGCGAACGUGGAACGGGAUCCUCAGAGAGAUCCAGUACGCUUCAGGGUCCACCAUUCUGGGGGUCCGCCUCAACACCCUGCGUCUCACCAAGAUGUAAAACCACCUCCGGUGCCUGUUUGUCCACAAAAAAAAUCAAUGGUGGAGUCCACAGUAGUUUUACAGCAGUCCAAGGACAGGUACAGCCGUGCUCAAGGUCACAAUGACAUACAACAUGAGC